AUGCUCCUCGCCGCCUUCCUUCUCGUUGUUGUCGCUGCUGUGAGUGGCGAUCUCUCGUUCUGCUGGUACGCAACGUACCCAAAUGGCCAAAUUGUCGUCGCCGACGGCAACUGCACACUGGCCGGAACGGUGUGCGCGACCACCAACCAGUGCGAUCGCAGCAGCCCCACGACGUUUACGAGCACGGUAUUGACCAACUGCACGGGUCUCGGUCGAUUGAAGAAUUAUGCCCACAGUAGCUUGACGAUCAAAGACGUACCGAGAUUGAUUUUUGACAAUGUGACCACCAUCAUCGACCUGUACACGACGUCGGUGUCGCACUGGCCCUCGGUCUCAACCAUUGUGCUUCGCGACAACAACCUCACCGAUACAAGCUCGAUCGGCGCGACGCUCACUACUUUGGACAUUUCCAGCAACACACUGCGGAGAAUGACUAACAACGACUUUGGCGCGCUCAAAGCCCUGUCUUUCAGCAACAACUGGGAUCUGACCACCAUUGCCAACGUUUCGUUUGCCAAAAUUGCAUUCUUAAAUAUGACCAACUGCUGGCAUCGCUCCAACAUGACGCUGGACGCGACCUCGUACGAGGCGCUCAACGCGCUCCGUCCGUGGAACGACAGCUCGGCCAUCGAUGCGCCAACCGGCUACAGUAUCAACUACCCAAUCGCUACGGACGCCAUCGCGUGCAACGACGUCGGUGGGUCGAUUCAAAAGCUAUGGGAAAGCACGUCCACCAUCUCCGUCGCCGUAUGUGUAACUGCGACGGCAGCAACGACGACAUCCGACAACUACUAUGCAAGCCUCGUGAUGGGCGUCACGUGUGGCACCGCUUUUGUUGCGGCUGCGAUCAUCUUCUUUUACCUCAGUGAGUGGCAGCUUUGA